AUGUCAUCACCAUCAGUCACAUUAUCAUCAUUAGCAACAAUUGAUGUAUCACAAGAAAUUGACGAAAAAGUGGAGUUACCACCAAGUGAACCAAUUUCACCGCAAUACGUGAUACCGAUUACACCAAUCAGUACAUCACCAGCAUUAAUACCAUCAUUUAUUUCAUAUGGUAUUAGUCAUGAAACAAAUUUUGAUCAUAAUGAUGCGAAAUAUCAGUGCUGCUAUGGUUAUAUGCAUAUUAUGUUAGCUGCACGAAUUAUUUCUAUUGCUUAUUUCUGCGGAGCGGUAUUUGUCGUUUUUCUUACCGUAUGCUCACAAGGUGCAACUUUAGCAUUUUAUUCGAUUGCAUCACUUGCUUUUGCAUUUGCUAUCUUUGGUACUUUAGCAUAUGGCAUUUUUAAGGAGAAACAAAUAUUCAUUCUACCAUAUAUAAUUUUUCAAAUUACAUCAGUUUUAUGUACAAUAUUCAUAAUUGCAAUCUUUGUUAUUGGUUCUAUAUUUUCUAAUAAAAUGAUCAAUGCCCUUGCUGCUGACAUCGGUGGAAUGCGAAUCAAUGAUAACAGAAUCACUAAAUCUGAUAUGCAAAUGUUUGGUUUACUAUUUGUGAUAGCAUUAUUAAUACUACUAUUCAUUCAACUGUGGUUUAUGGAUGUUAUUUGUCGCUUUCGAAAUUUCAUUCUUGAUCGAGAAAAUUCAUUUUCAUUAAAUUUAACCUCUGUACUAAAUAAUAAUGAUGCUUUUUUUAAUGACUUAUCGUCACUUCAUUAUAAGGAGUAA